AAGUUCAUCCCCAUUUUCCAAGGGGACGACAGCGUCAUUAUUGGGGGAAAGCCAUAUGUCUUUGACCGUGUGUUCCCCCCAAAUACGACUCAGGAGCAAGUUUAUCAUGCGUGUGCUAUGCAGAUCGUUAAAGACGUCCUUGCUGGCUACAACGGCACAAUUUUUGCUUAUGGACAGACAUCCUCAGGGAAAACACAUACCAUGGAGGGAAAGCUGCAUGACCCCCAGCUAAUGGGAAUCAUCCCUCGGAUUGCUCGAGACAUCUUCAACCACAUCUACUCCAUGGACGAGAACCUUGAAUUCCAUAUUAAGGUUUCUUAUUUUGAGAUUUACCUGGAUAAGAUCCGAGACCUUUUGGAUGUGACCAAGACAAACCUGUCUGUGCACGAGGACAAAAACCGGGUGCCCUUUGUCAAGGGUUGUACCGAGCGCUUUGUGUCCAGCCCAGAAGAGAUUUUGGAUGUGAUUGAUGAAGGGAAGUCGAACCGUCAUGUAGCUGUCACCAGUGAGUCCUGGUUCUCCCUCGGUGAGUGGAGUGGCAGCUCAUGGGCACUGUGGCUGGGGGCUGCAGCCCUGCAGGGGUGGACUGAGCAGAAGCUCAGUGGGAAGCUGUACCUGGUGGACCUGGCCGGGAGCGAGAAGGUCAGCAAGACUGGGGCGGAGGGGGCUGUGCUGGAUGAGGCCAAGAAUAUCAACAAGUCACUGUCAGCCCUGGGGAACGUCAUCUCCGCCCUGGCUGAGGGCACUAAAAGCUACGUGCCGUACCGUGACAGCAAAAUGACGCGGAUUCUCCAGGACUCUCUGGGAGGGAACUGCAGGACCACCAUGUUCAUCUGCUGCUCACCGUCCAGCUACAAUGAUGCCGAGACCAAGUCCACUCUGAUGUUCGGGCAGCGGGCAAAGACCAUUAAGAACACCGCCUCCGUCAAUCUGGAGUUGACUGCUGAGCAAUGGAAGAAGAAAUAUGAGAAGGAGAAGGAGAAGACCAAGGCCCAGAAGGAGACGAUUGCAAAGCUGGAGGCCGAGCUAAGCCGGUGGCGCAAUGGAGAGAAUGUGCCUGAGACUGAGCGCCUGGCUGGGGAGGGUUCAGCCCUGGGAGCUGAGCUAUGCGAGGAGACCCCCGUGAAUGACAACUCAUCCAUUGUGGUCCGCAUCGCACCUGAGGAGAGGCAGAAAUAUGAGGAAGAGAUCCGCCGCCUCUACAAACAGCUUGAUGACAAGGAUGAUGAAAUCAACCAGCAGAGCCAGCUCAUUGAGAAACUGAAGCAGCAGAUGCUGGACCAGGAAGAGCUGCUGGUGUCUACUCGGGGAGACAACGAGAAGGUCCAGCGGGAGCUGAGCCACCUGCAGUCUGAGAACGAUGCAGCAAAGGAUGAGGUGAAGGAGGUGCUGCAGGCCCUGGAGGAGCUGGCGGUCAACUAUGACCAGAAGUCCCAGGAGGUGGAGGAGAAGAGCCAGCAGAACCAGCUGCUGGUGGAUGAACUGUCCCAGAAGGUGGCUACCAUGCUGUCCCUGGAGUCUGAGCUACAGCGGCUCCAGGAGGUCAGUGGACACCAGCGAAAACGGAUCGCUGAGGUGCUGAAUGGGCUGAUGAAGGACCUGAGUGAGUUCAGUGUCAUCGUGGGCAAUGGUGAGAUUAAGCUGCCAGUGGAGAUCAGUGGGGCCAUCGAAGAGGAGUUCACAGUGGCCCGACUCUACAUCAGCAAAAUCAAAUCCGAGGUUAAGUCUGUGGUCAAGCGGUGUCGGCAGCUGGAGAACCUCCAGGUGGAAUGUCAUCGCAAGAUGGAGGUGACUGGUAGGGAGCUGUCAUCCUGCCAGCUGCUCAUCUCACAGCACGAGGCCAAGAUCCGUUCGCUUACGGAAUACAUGCAGAGUGUGGAGCUGAAGAAACGGCACCUGGAAGAGUCCUAUGACUCCCUGAGCGAUGAGCUAGCCAAGCUUCAGGCGCAGGAAACUGUGCAUGAAGUAGCCCUGAAAGACAAGGAGCCAGACACACAAGAUGCAGAGGAAGUGAAGAAGGCCCUGGAACUGCAGAUGGAGAAUCACCGUGAGGCCCAUCACCGGCAGCUGGCCCGCCUCCGGGAUGAGAUCAAUGAGAAACAGAGGACCAUUGAUGAGCUUAAAGACCUGAACCAGAAACUGCAGUUGGAGCUGGAGAAGCUUCAGGCUGAUUAUGAGCGGCUGAAGAAUGAAGAGCAUGAGAAGAGCGCCAAACUCCAGGAGCUGACAUUUCUGUACGAGCGACAUGAGCAGUCCAAGCAGGACCUCAAGGGGCUGGAGGAGACAGUUGCCCGGGAACUCCAGACCCUCCACAACCUUCGCAAGCUGUUCGUUCAAGACGUCACGACUCGAGUCAAGAAAAGUGCAGAAAUGGAGCCCGAGGACAGUGGGGGGAUUCACUCCCAGAAACAGAAGAUCUCCUUUCUUGAGAACAACCUGGAACAGCUUACAAAAGUUCACAAACAGCUGGUACGUGACAAUGCAGAUUUGCGUUGUGAGCUUCCUAAACUGGAAAAACGACUUAGGGCUACGGCUGAGAGAGUUAAGGCCCUGGAGGGUGCACUGAAGGAGGCCAAGGAAGGCGCCAUGAAGGACAAGCGCCGGUACCAGCAGGAGGUGGACCGCAUCAAGGAAGCUGUGCGCUACAAGAGCUCCGGCAAGCGGGGCCACUCUGCCCAGAUUGCUAAGCCUGUGAGGCCUGGCCACUACCCAGCCUCCUCACCCACCAACCCAUACGGCACCCGGAGCCCGGAGUGUAUCAGUUACACCAACAACCUCUUCCAGAACUACCAAAACCUGCACCUGCAGGCUGCACCUAGCUCCACCUCAGAUAUGUACUUUGCUAACUCCUGUGCCAGCAGCGGAGCCACAUCUGGUGGCCCCUUAGCUUCCUACCAGAAGGCCAACAUGGACAAUGGAAAUGCCACAGAUAUCAACGACAACAGGAGUGACCUGCCAUGCGGCUAUGAGGCUGAGGACCAGGCCAAGCUUUUCCCUCUCCAUCAAGAGACAGCAGCCAGCUAACUCCCAUUCCUGGCUACCAAUAUGCACUUUCAGAUCCUUACCUGACUCAAGAUCAAGAGAAAAUACCAGUCUGUUGCUGGGCUACACUAGGCUGAGCCCUCCCAGGCUCUUCCAGAAUAGUGGUUCAUCCAGAAAAGCACGAGGAGGAGAGAACUGGAGAGGGGAAGAGGAGAGAACUUGGGAUGAAGAAGCAGGGGUUGGGCUGGCUGGGGGUGGGGUAGCUUUGGCGUUAAAGGAACAGAAUUGUAAACCAAAGUGUGUGCCUAUGCUGUCUGUUCCUCCACCUAGCCUGGGCUCCCUCCGGCUGAUUCCUCAUGCCGCCUUCUUUCUCUUUCUUUCCCAGUUUCUAAGAGGGACUGAGGCCUCUUCUCUCAGCAUGCUGCAAAACCUGUGGUCUCUGAUACUAGCUCCCUUCCCAGCCCGUGUUGUUGGACUGUCGAUGUCUCCUCUUACUCCAUAUCCCUUUGUAUUCUGUAUCUAUACACGAGAAGCUGCUGCUGCUGCUGCUGUGCCUCUCCUCUCUCUGUGGUACUCUCAGUAUCUAUCUGGUGACGUGUUUAACAGGUUUUAAGCAUAGUCACCCCUCCUCGUUUGGCGUUAGUGAGGAGGGAAGUGUCUUCCUCUUUUCUUUCAUAUACUCGUUUCUUACACUGUUACAAGAUGAUAAAGAAAAAAUGGGAGCUGGGAGGCUGCGCUCCUUGCUCCCACACACACAUGUACAUGCACGCACACACAUAUAUACAGUGUACAUACAAAGCCUUAAGCAGAAGAAUGUCUUAGCAUCUAUGAAAAGAGAGAAACAGACCCCCCCUCUUUACACAGAGCACAGAGGAGGACCCAGCAGAAGGGUUGCUAAAUCAUGCCCCCUCCAUAUACCCCUCACCUGAGUCAGGAGAUUGUGGGAGCUUACUUCCGUCCAUGAAGUCUGCUUUCUGCUCCCUCCUUCCAAAGUCUGAGAGCAUAGAUUGCUCAAGGGGCUAUUUCCCUCUCUGGCCCAACCCUCUUUCGAUACUUUCUACUCCAGGUAUCUCAACCAGAACUUAGAGUUGACUUAAAAAAAAUAUUCUGAAAGAUUGAGAAGGUGGACCUCUGAGAAAUGGUUGCUCAUCUGUCUGUGCCCAUAGUGCCAAUAGUUACAAGUGAGCAGAGUCAGAAAUGGUGGGUUACCUGGGUCUGGGGCGUGAACAGGCUGGGAACUACCACGUGGUUUUCUAUUGCAGUGCCCUUGGGUUGAAGCUCACUCUUUCUCUUUUUUGGGCUGCCCGUGCUCCCACUUCUGACUCUGGUUUGGGGCUUCCAUUUCAUUGACAUAAUAGCUGUUUCUAGAUGCCUUCCCUUGGAGCUGGAGUCUGGCUUUUUUCCCAGUUUACCUUCCUCCCUGCAUAUAGUUCUUUCUGCACUCUCCAUCUGGUACCAAGUGCACUUUCAAGACGAGGCAGGGCUAGGGGGCGCUGCAUAGUGGCAGAUGGGCUUCCCUUAUCGCAUGAAAAAGCCCUGGUUUUGAUCCCCAGCACCUCAGAAAAAAAGCCUGGCAUGGUGGUGCUCACAUUUGCAAAUGUAGCUCUCAGGAAGCCAAGGUAGGAGAAUUGCUAAAUUUGAGGCUAGCUUGGAGAGUAUGCAGUCGUUUCCAGGAUAGCUUGAGCUAUGGUGAGAAACUCUGACUCAAAACAAAGAAAAGAGAAAGGGACAGGUCAGAUUUUUCAGAGGUGAUAGAGGCAGAGGGCUUGAACCUAGAGCUCUCCCUACAGCAUUCUUAGCCUAGGUCUCCCACCUCCAGCAGUCAAGAGGACCUUGCUUUAGUUCAGGUAGCUCUUUCCUCCCAUCUGCUAAGGUGAUAAUUGCAGAAACAGAGGUCACUACACAGCCUAAGCCAAGAAAUACAGCCGAGCAUCCAGAUACCUGUGACUCUGUCACAGCAAGGCAGCCUGUCGUCCAGCUUCCAGGGCUAAAAGGAAAACUGUGUGGGUGACUGCUGGUAAACACCAGCUGUCGUGGCUGUGACUCCUUCAAGGGAAAGUUUCUGCUUUUUACCUAUUAAGGGACGACAGAGAUGGAAACAGGUAUCAGAGUGGUGCCGGGGAGGGGGCGGGGUCCAGAGUGGCAAUUGUCAAACACUUUUUAAAAAUAAGUCUUAUGUAGGAAGACAUAGAAAGUAACACAGGGCUUUGGUGGUGGCUUAAUGGUACUGUGCUUGUUCAAGAUACUUAGCAUGACAAGGGCUCAGGGUCUCAUCUAUUUCUUGAACCGCAAAAAAAAAAAAAAAAAAAAGAACCAAAAUGGUGAAGUAAUUCAGAAGUUUAUAUAAUUCCCAGUGGAAAAUGCUUAAUUAGUUGAAGGGCCCUGAAACAGUCCUAAGAGUUUGGAAAUCACUUAUUUGUAAGAGGGGAGGUCCAGUGUGGUUCCUCUACCCUAAAACCACAACUCCAAAGAAAGAACAGAUAGGCCACACCGCCAUCUCAGACCCAGUGGGUGGAGGAGGAAGACCACAUCCUACAUCCUGUCUGUGGCCUCAGGCCUGCAGGACACCUGAGAAGCUGAGGGAGUCUGUGUGAUCUUACCACCGGACAGAUUCUUUCAAAAAACAAGGAAAUGGGAAGAUACACAGGAGAGCAGAGAGAGGGGCGACACAUCCUUCUCUUCAGCAAGAUGUAAGGGGAAGUGCGGCUUCCUUAUGCUAGCGAGAAACAACCCCUACACCAGUAACUUCUCACCACACUGUCCCUCCCCACAUUCACUACACCCUUCUCAGAGAGCCAGGUCACCAGGAGGGCCACCUGGCCCACCCACUCACAUCUGCCAAAAUGUUGCAUGCCAGCGUGGAAGACAGACCAAACCGCACAAAUCCCAGUGUGUAUUUACUUGGUGGACACAGAUACCUUUAAAAUAAAAUAAAUCCAGUGACAACUAUGUUGUUGCUUUUUAU